GUACCUUCACUCAAAUAACAUGGUUGUGGUUCCAGAAGCUAUUGGGUCCCUCGUCAAACUCCAGUGUUUGGAUCUCAGUGACAACGCCUUAGAGAUCGUGUGCCCUGAAAUCGGUCGUCUGAGAGCUUUACGACACCUCCGAUUAGCAAAUAACCACCUGCAGUUCCUCCCUCCAGAGGUUGGCGAUUUGAAGGAGCUGCAGACCCUAGACAUUUCUACCAAUCGUUUGCUAGCUUUACCCGGGAGGCUUCACCUGUGCCUUUCCCUGCAGUACCUCACGGCGGACCGGAACCGCCUGCGCUCCGUGCCCCGCCAGCUCUGCCAGCUGCCCAGCCUCAACGAGCUCUCCAUGGCCGGAAACCGCCUUGCGUUUCUGCCCCUUGAUCUAGGUCGGUCGCGAGAGCUGCAAUAUGUGUACGUGGAUAACAACGCGCACCUGAAGGGCCUGCCGUCCCACCUGUACAACAAGGUCGUCGGCUGCAGCGGCUGUGGCACGCCUGUCCAGCUGUCCGAGCUGAAACUGCUUACCUUCUCAUCGGGGCAGCUCACCGUGUUCCUCCCCGCCGAGGUGAAGGCCGUCGGGACGGAGAACGACCACGUCCUUCCUCUGCAAGAGCUGGCCGUGCGAUGCCUGUAUCACACCUGCCACAGCUUCCUGAAAGAUCUGAACUUCCUGUCCCCGGUCUCGUUGCCCCGAAGUCUGCUGGAGCUCCUGCACUGCCCCCUGGGACACUGUCACCGCUGCAGCGAGCCCAUGUUCACCAUCGUGUACCCCAAGCUCUUCCCCCUGAGAGAGACACCGAUGGCGGGGCUCCACCAGGGGAGGACCGCGGUGAGUUUCGUGGCCUACUGCUGCUCCACCCAGUGUCUGCAGACGUUCGACCUGCUGAGCUGAUGAACACCCAUGUGGCCACCGCGUGCACCCGGGGAGGAGAGUCCAGCCAGCCCAGACGGGCCCUUGCGUCCUGUCUCGUCCAAUGCAGGGCACUGCAGAACUCUCCGGAAAGGUCAUGGUUGAACUUCAGACCUACAUGCCUUCACCCUCCUCCCCCAAGUUGGAAUAGAUCCUCCCCCAAAUGAAGGA